AUUUAAAAAAAUAGCAAACAAACAAAAAAUUGAAAAUGGUCGGCUGAAAUUUCCAGUUUGGCACGUGAAUUAGAUCGUUUAGUUUUUAUUUUCGUUGGAAUCAACAAGCCACCGUCAAGCUGGGUGCCAAAACGGUGGACAGGUUCCUGAGUUUAGCAGACGAUAAUUUUGUUGAAGAUGUAAAAGACGAUCUAAAAUGUUUCAUAGCCGAAAAAAGAGUUGACAGCGUGCUGGUGUUCCCACCGGUGAGCAACUACCGGCGGUUCCUGAUCCACCGUUGUGUGGAGGAGCUUGGCUGUCCGGAGGUCGCCACUUUCUCCAUCGGGGUGAGCGACGAGCGCAGGACGGUGCUCUGUUUUCGGGAGAAGAUACUUCGGGAUGAAGCUUGUGCUCUGCCGACCAUGGGACUGACGCAGACCGAACGAGAAGAUGCAAACAUAUCACACUCGGACGCAGCGGUGGGGUGCAAGCCGGCGCCCGCGCAGCCUCAAGGAAAGAUCAGAUCCGGUCCAACGAAGCCUCGUCGCCCCGACCGCGCCGUAUACGUCCCCCGCGCUCUCCGCGCCGCAGACUGCUCCGAGGACAAGCCGGACCCCAAGCGACCGGCACCAAAAGCCUCCAAGUCGCCCACCAAAGACAAGUCCCAGCCCACCACCCCCCGGCGGUCCAUCGACAAGACCUACUGCAACGUCUACACCCCCCCGCACCUCCGGAACACCAGGCCCACGGCACCCAGCAUAGACCCACCGGCGCCGAACGACUCCGUGCCUUCAGUCUGCCAAGUGCCAAAUAGUGAUAGUGCAAUAUCGUUCAGUGAUAAUAGUUAUAACGAGAUAGACGAUAGUAGUUUUUAUAUAGGAGAUUAUUUCGCCAACGGACAACUCGGGCUGUACGCGCCCGACUAUUAUAACGAUUUCGUCAGAUACCCGAACGAAGACAACGACUGGAGGACUAAUGAGUCCGAUGUAAACAUGGCCAUACCUGAAACGAACCAGAGCAAUAUUAUAGAUAACGGAUAUUUAUAUGAUAAAGACGAGGAUGUCGAAGAGAAAGAGUUGAAGCGAGCUUCUCAAGAAAUUAAUAGAAGCAACAAGAGAAUAAUCAAACAGAGCUUCGAUUCAGACGUUCUAGUUAUAUCUGACACGGUCGAGGCAGAAUGCGAGAAGGAACGACCUGUGCCUGAAGCGAUUAACGAGGAAGAGAAAAAGGAACCUGAACCUAAGAAGCUAAAGCCACAACUAGAAGCUAAAGUCUCAUUAAAGCGCGAGGAAAACGAUUGGGAUGCCGUGUUCGACGACAGCGGAGAAUGCCUCGACCCGUCACUACUGGAAGAACUCACCUCAACCGUGGGGAAAGUUCACAUAAGCAAGGCGAAAAACAGUUACGAACAAUACCAAACCCGAGGCCAGGCCUUGUUCAACGGUCCGUACGACGAGACCUUCGGCCACGUGGUGGAAGUGUAUGACUUUCCUAGUGAGUUUAAGACGAACGACUUGUUCUCGGUGUUCAGUGAGUACAAGGACACCGGCUUCGAGAUCAAGUGGGUGGACGACACGCACGCGUUGAUUGUCUUCAGCAGCGCCAAAAUUGCUGCGGAGGUGCUCCGAAGCCAGAGGCAGCUAGUCCGGUGUCGGCCGCUGCAAGAGGCCACGCUCGAGUCCCGCAACAAGGCCAAGAAGUGCGCCGAGUUCCUGCAGCCCUACAGACAGCGUCCAGAGACGUGCACGGCGCUGGCGCGGCGGCUGGUGUCGGGCGCGCUGGGCGUGAAGCUCAGCACCGCGCGCCAGGAGCGCGCCGAGGAGCGCCGCCUCAUCACCCUCGCCAGAGAAAAGAAGCGACAAGCAGCGCUGCAUAAGGAGGCGGCGUGGGACGGCUCGCUCGCCAACACGUCCGUCACCGACGCUUGAGAUGGCGACCGGCCCAGGAAUCCAAACACUUCCUCUACUUAGAAAACAAGCUCUCAAUUAGGAAAAUUAUUUCUACCGUUACUAGUAUAUAGACAUAGAUAUUUUUUUAAAACGAUGUUAGAGAUUAUAGCCACGCUCAAGAGGUUUCAGCCUUAAUCUAUGUGUCAUAAGGUAUAUUGUCGCGUAAUUUUAACUUUAUUCUCAAUGUCGUGAGCUUCCUAUGUGACUUAGCGUAGUUUUUUGUUAUUUAUGUAUACUUUGCAAGGUGUUGUGAGUGUCUUGUUGUUGUCUCUUUAAAAUCUAUUUUACGUUUAACCCUGUGAACGCCACGGCUAUC